AUGCCUAGGAGGGCCGGGAGCGGGCAGCUGCCGCUACCCCGGGGCUGGGAGGAGGCCAGGGACUACGACGGCAAGGUCUUCUACAUCGACCACAACACCCGGAGGACCAGCUGGAUCGACCCCCGGGACAGGCUAACGAAGCCCUUGUCGUUUGCUGACUGCGUUGGUGAUGAGCUGCCGUGGGGAUGGGAAGCCGGGUUUGACCCUCAGAUUGGUGUCUACUACAUCGAUCACAUAAACAAAACCACACAGAUUGAAGAUCCAAGGAAACAAUGGAGGGGGGAACAGGAGAAAAUGCUCAAGGACUAUCUGUCCGUGGCUCAGGAUGCCCUCAGGACGCAGAAGGAGCUGUACCAUGUGAAGGAGCAAAGACUGGCCCUGGCCCUGGAUGAAUACGUCCGGUUAAAUGACGCCUACAAGGAAAAGUCGAGCUCUCGCACCAGCUUAUUCUCAGGAUCUUCAUCCAGUACUAAAUAUGACCCUGAUAUCUUAAAAGCUGAGAUCUCCACUACGCGAUUAAGGGUUAAAAAGCUGAAGCGAGAACUGUCACAGAUGAAGCAAGAAUUGCUCUAUAAAGAACAAGGCUUUGCAACCUUGAAACAAAUUGAUAAAAAAAUGUCUGGAGGCCAGAGUGGCUAUGAACUUAGUGAAGCCAAAGCCAUCCUAACUGAACUGAAGUCUAUCAGAAAGGCUAUUAGCUCAGGAGAAAAAGAAAAACAAGAUCUGAUGCAGAGUCUUGCUAAGCUGCAGGAGCGGUUUCACUUGGACCAGAGCAUUGGCAGAUCUGAGCCAGACUUGAGAUCCAGUCCUGUGAACUCUCACUUAUCUCUCUCCAGACAGACCCUGGAUGCCGGGUCACAAACAAGCAUUUCCGGGGAUAUUGGAGUGAGAAGUAGAUCAAAUUUGGCUGAAAAGGUCAGGCUGAGCCUCCAGUAUGAAGAAGCCAAAAGAAGUAUGGCCAACUUGAAAAUCGAACUGUCGAAACUGGACAGUGAGGCCUGGCCUGGGGCGCUGGACAUUGAGAAGGAGAAGCUGAUGCUGAUUAACGAGAAAGAAGAACUUCUGAAAGAGCUUCAGUUCGUCACCCCAGAGAAGCGCACCCCGGACGAGCUAGAGAGCCUGGGCGCCGAGAGGCAGCGGCUGGAGAAGGAGCUGCUGUCGGUCCGGGGGGCGCCUAGCCGAGCUCUGGCCGAGAGAUUGAAAUUGGAAGAGCGAAGGAAAGAGCUGCUACAGAAACUUGAAGAAACUACUAAAUUAACUACAUAUUUGCAUUCACAACUUAAAAACCUCUCCGCCAGCACCCUGUCCAUGUCAUCCGGGAGCAGCCUGGGCUCGCUGGCCUCCAGCCGGGGGUCUCUGAACACGUCCAGCAGAGGGUCCCUCAACUCCCUCAGCUCCAGCGAGCUCUACUACACCAGUCAGGGCGACCAGCUGGACCCGGAUUAUCAGUAUAAACUGGACUUCCUCCUGCAGGAGAAAGGUGGCUACAUUCCUUCCGGACCCAUCACCACCAUCCACGAACACGAAGUGGCCAAGUCCCCCAGCCAGCCUGGCCGGAGCGGUCCCUGUGUGGCAGCGGCCGCGGCCCCGGGCCGCGCCCCCGCCCUGCCCGAGGCCCCCACGUCCGUGGCGUCCCUGUCCUCCCGGUCCUCCCUUUCCUCCCUGUCCCCACCGGGCUCUCCCUUGGUCUCAGAAGGCACGUUCCCCCUGUCUCCCCACGACGUCGUCCCUCUGCAUCACUUCUCUGCUGACCUUGAGGACUGUGAACUGAGCAGCCGCUUUGCAGACAUCGGCCUCGGAGAAGAUCAGCCGUUGCUGGACUCUGACCCAGGAGGAGCGCCCCCGUCUCUCUCAGAGGAUAAGGACCUCGCCGAACGCGCCAGGGCGCUGCCGCAUGAAGGGCCUGCAGAUGUGGAAAAAUCAUUACCAAAAAGAAGAGGAAUCCACUUGCUUGGGGAGAAAACCACUUGCGUGUCGGCUGCGGUCUCGGAUGAGUCCGUGGCCGGGGACAGCGGGGUCUACGAAGCUUUCGUGAAACAGCCCAGUGAAGUCGAAGAUGUCCUGUACAGUGAGGAGGACGUCGCCGUCACGGAGACGGCCCAGGUGCAGAUCGGACUCAGAUAUGAUGCAAAAAGGUCAAGUUUCAUGGUGAUUGUAGCACAGCUCCGAAAUCUUCAUGCCUUCCUGAUACCUCACACUUCAAAAGUAUACUUUAGAGUUGCUCUGCUUCCCUCCUCAACUGAUGUCAGCUGUCUGUUUCGAACGAAAGUCCAUCCAGCCGCGGAGUCCCUGUUAUUCGGUGAUGUGUUCAGAGUGGCCAUCUCCCAGACAGCCCUGCAGCAGAAGACGCUGAGGGUGGAUCUGUGCUCUGUCAGCAAACACCAAAGGGAAGAGUGCCUGGCGGGAACUCAGAUCAGCCUGGCAGAUUUACCCUUUUCCAAUGAGAUUUUCACUCUGUGGUAUAACUUGCUUCCUUCAAAGCAAAUGCCCUGCAAAAAGAACGAAGAUGAAACUGAGGAUUCAGUAUUUCAACCAAGCCAGCCACUAGUAGAUGCUAUAGACUUGGAUGCAGUGUCAGCCUUACUUGCAAGAACAUCGGCUGAGCUGUUGGCUGUGGAACAAGAAUUAGCACAAGAAGAAGAACCAGAGCAGGAGGAAGAGCAGAGGGAUCCAGAUGGAGAUUGGUUAACCAUGCAGAGAGAGGCCUCCUCUGAUGAAAUUGUGGCUGAGGAAGGGGCUGAAGUGAAAUUGGCAGAGGGCAGUUGCUGUGCAGAAGAUGUAAGCUCACGCCCGAGUGUGCCUGAGAUGAAUGAGGACACAAGUACGACAGAAAACAACUGUGCCAACGACCUUGGGAGUCAGCCACCUGCAGGAGUGCCCGCCCUGGUUGAUAAAGAGACAAAUACCGACGAGGCGGGCAGUGCCAGUGUGGCGGUCCGCCCCAAAGACCGCAGCGGCCUGAGCGCCCGGCAGCGCCCCUUCGUGCGGAGCAGCGUGAUCGUGCGCUCGCAGACCUUCUCCCCCGGCGAGCGGAGCCAGUACGUCUGCAGGUUAAAUCGAAGUGACAGUGACAGUUCAACCCUGGCUAAAAAAUCACUAUUUGUGAGAAACUCCACCGAACGGCGCAGUUUGAGAGUCAAAAGGACGGUGUGCCAGCCGGUGCUCAGAAGGGCAGCACCCGAAUGCCCCGUGCGAACCUCUCUGGACCUGGAGCUGGACCUGCAGGCCUCGCUGACCCGGCAGAGCCGCCUGAAUGACGAGCUGCAGGCCCUGAGGGGCCUGAGGCAGAAGCUCGAGGACCUGAAAGCCCAGGGCGAGACGGACCUUCCGCCAGGUGUGCUGGAGGACGAGAGGUUCCAGAAGCUCCUGCGACAGGCCGAGAAGCAGGCCGAACAGUCCAAAGAAGAGCAGAAGCAAGACCUGAAUGCAGAGAAGCUGAUGAGGCAGGUCUCCAAGGACGUGUGCCGGCUUCGGGAGCAGAGCCGGAAGGUACCCCGGCAGGUGCAGUCCUUCAGGGAGAAGAUUGCGUACUUCACCAGAGCGAAGAUCAGCAUCCCGUCCCUGCCGGCCGAUGACGUCUGA